AUGUUUACCCACGCUGUGUAGAGAGCUGAUUGUAUGCCGGGUAGUAUCCCAGUGCGAUUAACGUUGAUGAUCAGAUUAUAGUGUUGAUAUUCUACGUUUUGGGGUGAUGGAAGUGCUAAUUUUCGUUCAGUCGUGUGAUGGUGUGUUCGUUUGAUCCGUGGAUUUGAUGGACCAAUGCGUCUCCCGGUAUUCGUCCGUCGGAGGGCUUUUUUGAGCGGAUGUGACCAUAAAUUCCCGCUUGUAAUGGCGCCCGCGGGUAUCCUGGGCAACUGCUGGCGGAUGAUGUUCUCCUACCGAAAGCGUGACCGCCGGAAGAGCAUGGUAGCGGUGCUGGUGUCCGUGGUGGUUACCUACUAUUUGUACACGACCCUCACUAUGCCCGUUCGCUUCCUGUUUAUUAACGAGAACGUGAACGCGCAGUGCAUCAUCCCGGAUCUCGACCCCUUCGACAAGUCCAUCAUGCAGUAUGUGUGGAGCCCUGACCCAAUACGAUGUGACCCCGCCCCGGACCUGCUCUACGUGGACAAGCUAGGGCUUGUAGUGUUUAAUACUACCGCAUUUAAGUACUUUGGCGAUACUUCAUAUUCCUGCAGCUAUGCAAAACUUGAAAGGCCGAUGGGCGAUGAUGAUAGUGUGACACUUGGUAAAGAAAUAUUCUUUGAACCGCCGUUUCAAGUCCCUUGCGAUUUCUUUCGGCUACGGUGUUAUACAUCUCAAAGAAGAAAGAAAGUGUUUGACACCCUUCAAGAGAGUGUUUAUGUGACGGAAGAUAUCGUUCGUUCCAAGCACAAGGAACAAUCGAGCCAGUAUAGUGUGCUUAUGUUCGGUAUUGAUUCUACUUCCCGGUUGUCUGCAAUCAGAAAACUGCCAAAGACUUAUGAAUACUUAACGAAACACUUAGGUGCUCAUGUAUUUAAAGGUUAUAUGAAGGUUGGAGACAAUACGUUUCCUAACCUUGUCCCCAUACUGACAGGGAAACGGCCUUGGACAGAUGAUCUCCCGAACCCGGAAGGGGGGAAAUACGAUGUCAACCCCUUCCCAUUUAUUUGGCAGAACUUUUCUCGCAAACAUUACGCAACAUUUUUUGCCGAGGAUUAUCCAAUUCUUGCCACAUUCAACACGGAAGGAAAGGGCUUCAAAUCUCCACCCACAGAUCACUAUAUGCGUCCAUGGAUGUUGGGUCUGAAAGAAAUAGGUUUCGCAUCAGAGGUGCUCAAAUCGGUUCUUUUGCCGUUUGAGUAUAACAAUAUUAACCUUAAAGGAACAUCGUCAUUGUGUUAUGGGAACAAACCAAUAUUUAAACAUUUAAUUAAUUACUAUAAACGAUUUGUCACACUGUACAAAUCUAGACUCAAAUUUAGUUUUUCAUGGCUGGUGCAAAUUUGCCAUGAGUUUAUUAAUUAUCUUGAACUUGGGGAUGAUGACUUUUAUGAGUUCUUUAAGUUUUUAAAAGAAGAUGGUCACCUUGACAACGCUUUCUUAAUUUUCGUUAGUGACCAUGGCUCUAGAAUAGAUGAUAUAAGGAACACAUUCGUGGGCAGGAUAGAAGAACGCAUGCCGCUGCUGUCCAUUGUGCCGCCUAGUUCAUUUCUCAGCAAGUAUUCACACAUUGCACGUAACAUGCAGCAAAAUACAGAUCGCUUGCUAUCCAACUUUGAUCUCUAUCAAACAUUAAAUGAUAUUCUCACCGAGAGCUUUGACCAAAAACUUACUUACGAUGAAAAUAAGCGAGGAACAAGUUUGUUCCGGUCUAUUCCGGAAACACGGACAUGCGCAGACGCGUCUAUUCCGGAGCACUAUUGCGCAUGCUACGGAUCUAAUCAAAUACCCGCAGAGAGCCCAAUCUCUGUCAAAGCUGCUAACUAUGCGGUAUCACAUUUGAAUCGCCUAUUGCGACAUUACAGUUCGAUUUGUGCUCAAUUAAGUCUCCGUAAAAUACACGAGAGCCACCAGAUAUCCCUCGGUCUCUCAGUGCACGGCGAGGAGGAGUCGCGCUGGACAAUUUACAAGUUUUUCUCAAAACCUGAGCCCGAAAAACAUAAACGUCUUCUGGUGAUAUUCGAGACAAGCCCAGGCGGGGCUAUGUUUGAAGCCACUGUUGAUGUCAACUCUGAAACGGGAAUGUCCAUCACAGACGACGUCAGUCGGACAAAUAAAUACGGCAAUACGUCAAUAUGCGUUCCCGAGAAGCCACUACGGCGAUACUGCUUUUGUAAAUCAAAUCUGAAAGACAAGUGAAUCUGUACAACUUAACAGCGAAACCUGAACGAGAAACCAAACCAAAGUCACGUUCUUACAAGGGCAUUGACAUUUACUUCACGUCAAUAAUUUUAUAUAGCAUAAACAUAUUUACAUUAGCCAUAAGGAUUUCAUAGGAUCCUACAACUUUUAAUCAAUGCUAAACAAUACUGUUAUUUUGUAUUUGAAGAAAGCCUAUUUGUAUUGUAGCAUUACUUCUUUAUUCACACAAACGCGGUGGUUGUAAGAGUGUUUGCAUUCCGGCUUACAAUGAAACUGAGAAAUUGUUUAAAUGCUUCUUCACAUAGUUGAUUACGUUUGCCCUCGCUGAGAUUUUUACUAUGACUUGUUGUUAGUUCUUGUGUAACUUCUUAAUUAUUCAUCACCUGUUAGGAUAGUUAUAAUGUUUCCAAAUCUGUAAAGUGACAAUGGUGACAAAUGUUAUUGAGAUUUUCAGCCAUAUUUUUUACAUUAUCUGAAAACGCCAUUUUUAAGCAUUAAUAUUUUUAGUAUUAUGCAUUUUUGUGCCUUUUGCACCUACGGUAUAUGUGUUUUUGUGUCGUAGUUAAAUUAGAUGCAUAAAUUUCAAAAUUUUAA